AUGGCAGAGUCUUCUCAACCCCUCCGGAUCGGUUUCGUGCCGGAGCACUUUUCCACGCCGCUCUACUUUGCCCAGAAGCACUUCGGUCUUACAGCUACAUUGAUUCCGUUCCCCUCCGGAACGGGCCAUAUGAUUACAGCUAUCCGGUCCGGCGAAAUCGAUGUCGGUAUUGGCUUGACGGAAGCUUGGGUUGCGGGUCUUGGCAAGGAAGAUACGCCUGGUGAUGGCGGCUAUCGCAUCGUCGGGACUUAUGUUGAAACCCCUCUCUGCUGGGCUAUUUCGACUGGCGCCAAACGGCCUGAGAUCACUUCCGUGGCCUCAUUGAAGGGGUCUAAGAUUGGUAUCUCACGCAUCGGUUCCGGUAGCCAAGUAAUGGGCUAUGUACUAGCCGACCAGCAGGGCUGGUUGACGCCUGGUGCAUCGCCGUACUCAGACUUCGUAGUGCUGCAGAAUUUCGCGAAUCUCCGGAACGCGGUUAACGACGGCACAGCCGACUUCUUCAUGUGGGAGCACUUCACGUCGAAGCGGUACUACGAUAGCGGAGAGAUCCGGCGUGUUGGUGAGAUCUACACGCCUUGGAGCAGCUGGAAGAUUGUGGCGUCGACGGCGCUGCUGCCGGAGAAAAACCCGGAUAAGCGACUCCUAGAUCUGUUUAAGAAACUAGAUGAGGGCAUCAACUAUUUCUCUUCACAUCAUGACGAGGCAGUCAAGUAUAUCAGUACCGAGCUUGAUUAUUCAGAGGCGGAUGCGAGGGAGUGGUUGCGCACAGUACAGUUUGCCAUCAAGACAGAAGGUGUGGACUUGAAGGUUAUCCAGAGCUGCGUUAAUAUCUUGCGCAAAGCAGGGGUUUUGGCCGAGGGUAAAGGUUUACAGCCAGAGAGCAUGCUGGCUAAUGGAUUAGAUCUAAUAUUCUCCAAAACCUGCGUUACAAUUAAACAGAGAGCGUCUAAAAUGUCAUCCACCAUCCACGCCCGCUGGCUGCGACAAGCCCGCUUCCUCUCCACCCACUCCCGACCUUCAAACCCUCCCACACCAAUACGCACCCUGCGCAUCCGAACCACACCUCACCCACGAAGCAGACGCUUCCAAUCCACCAAACCAUCUCCCGAUCCCAACCCAACAUCCGAGUCCCAAGCCCGACAAACCCGACGCUUCGACGCCAUCCUCGCACGCACAAGCCGCUGGCUCCCCAAGCGUCUUCGGCCAUACCUUGAAAAACUGCGCUCGGCGCCGUUCUCGCAUAUAGCCGCGUUCCUCGUACUACACGAGAUAACAGCCGCGAUCCCAUUGCUCGGACUCGCAUACGGCUUCCACCGCGCAGACUGGGUGCCGACGGCAUGGUGCUAG